CUUUGACAUUGUUCACUAUAUCAUAAAUUUAACAUUUAAAACAAGGAAGCCUCCACUGUCUUCUCCGCCAUCUGAAUUCACAAUAUUUCAUCUAAUGAUGUAGCCUGUCCUCUAAAGUAAAGUAGGUAAAAAGUACCUAUUAUUUUGAUUAAGUUAAAAAAAUAAUAACUGAGGCCUAGUACGGUAAGGAGAAAAUUACAUUUGACAGGAUAACUCACAUUCACUCCGGUCUAGGCUAUGAACCGCGGCUACCUAACUGCGCAUGUGCAUAAGGCGUUUAUUGAUGAAAAAAAGGUCACGAACUCUGACCCGCCCACCAACUGCAGCAAACAGUUAAAAUAUUAAUUUAUUUAAGACAAUACAUUAUCUGACCCAACAGCUCCUUGGCAGGUAAGAAAUAUUCACCAAUGUGGACGCAUGAGGGGUUCACGGAAGAGACACGAGGGGCCAGUAAAACAGGAAGGGAGGGAGUGUUCAGUGUGCAUGCCUCAUGGGGCACUGAUGUGAAGUGCAGUGGAAGAAGGUGUGUGCAGUAUCAGAAUGGAUGGACAGACUCAAAGGAUUCAACUUGUGUCAGCAGACAGCAGCAUGGCAUUAGGACACAGAAUACAGAUUGUAACUGAUCAGCAGACUGGCCAGAAGAUCCAGAUCGUCACAGCACUUGAGCCAUCUUCCCCUGGAAAGCAGCAGUUUAUCCUAGCAAAUGCUGACUAUUCCCCUGGUGGGAAGGUGAUCCUGGCCAAGCAGGAAGGCUCACCCAACAAGGUCAUUCUCUCUUCUCCAGACGGCUCUGGGGUUAACCAGCUGUUGUUUGCCUCCCCUGAACUGGCUGGGCAGCAGAUUCAGUUUGUGACUGAAGGGUCAGACCAGUCUAUUGUGAAGCCGGUUGUGGAGUACUGCGUUGUCUGUGGUGAUAAAGCCUCGGGGCGUCAUUACGGAGCUGUCAGCUGUGAGGGCUGUAAGGGCUUCUUCAAACGCAGCAUUAGAAAGAACCUAGUGUACACAUGCAGGGGCUCCGGAGAGUGUGCCAUCAACAAGCUUCACCGAAACCGCUGCCAGUACUGUCGACUGCAGCGCUGCAUGGCUCUGGGCAUGAAACAGGAUUCUGUGCAGUGUGAGAGGAAGCCUGUUGAAGUGACUACCAGAGAGAAAUCCGUCAACUGUGCAGCCUCCACUGAGAAGAUCUACAUCCGCAAGAACCUGUGUAGCCCUCUUGCCGCCACACCCACUUUUGUAUCUGACAAGGAAACUGCUAGGUCUACAAGUUUGCUUGAGUCAAGCAUGUUGCUCAACAUCCAACAACCCUUCUCCAAGCUGGAAAACACCAUCUUGAUUCCCGCAUCUCCUGACAAGCAGGAUGACCCGUCUCAAGGUGACCUCGGCACGCUGGCAAAUGUAGUAUCGUCCCUCGCCCACCUCAACAAGACCAGAGAGCCAAGUGACGGCGGCAAUGAUCUGAUGGCAGUUGAAACGCUUAGCAAUGGGGACAGCUCGAUGACAGACAUCCAAGGAGAAGAGCAAACUGCAAAUGAUAUCACUCGAGCUUUUGACACCCUGGCCAAAGUCCUGCACCCUGGUGAUGGCUCAGCAGGAGAGUCCUUGGAGGCCACGAUGCAGCUGAUGUCAGGGGACCAGUCAGGUCCUGUGGUGGAGUUGGAGGGACCUAUACUCUCCGACAGCCAUAUCCCUUUCAAGCUUAUGAUGCCUUUGCCUGUGCCAGAGUACCUCAAUGUCAACUACAUCUGUGAGUCAGCUUCCCGGCUACUUUUUCUCUCUAUGCACUGGGCACGCUCUAUUCCUGCCUUUCAAACCCUUGGUGGUCAAGACAAUGACAUUAACUUGAUGAAAGCCUGCUGGAAUGAACUGUUUGCCCUGGGUCUGGCACAGUGCUCCAACGUUAUGAAUGUUGGUACUAUCUUAAGUGCCAUUAUCAACCAUCUGCAGACCAGCUUACAGGAAGAGAAGCUGUCCCCAGAGCGAGUAAAACUAGUAAUGGAGCACAUCUGGAGGAUGCAGGAGUUCUGUAACAGCAUGAUCAAACUGUCCCCAGAUUCUUAUGAAUAUGCCUACCUCAAAGCUAUCGUUCUCUUUAGUCCUGAUCAUCCAGGCAUAGAUAAUACCCCACAGAUAGAGCGAUUUCAGGAGAAGGCCUACAUGGAGCUGCAGGACUACGUAACCAGAACCUACCCAGAAGACUCCUAUCGGUUAUCCAAGCUGUUGCUGCGUCUUCCUGCCCUCAGGCUGAUAAGUGCAGCUGUCACUGAGGAGCUGUUUUUCGCUGGGCUCAUUGGCAAUGUGCAGAUUGAUAGCAUCAUCCCUUACAUCCUCAAAAUGGAGUCAACUGAUUAUAAUAGCCAGGCUGUCUCUGGGGUCUGACACACUGUGCCAUUUGGAAUUGCAACAUUGGACUGUGAAAACUUGACAGCCAACCAAUCAGACUGCGCCGCAGAACGAUCACUAAGUGGUCAUAACAUACUGUAUUUAUGACACAGCAUCCUAUGGGAUUUCUGUUUUCUUACCUUGCUCCUGCUUCUGACUCCUCAGUAUCCAGUCAGUAGAGCACAACUCACAAAGAGGACGAAUAAAAUCAACUCAAGCGAGCCUGCCAAUAUCUGCCCAUUCAGGAAUGAACCUUUGAAGCCUGCAUAGUAGAUUGCGCUUUUUAUUGUACAUAGUAUUUUAUGCUUCAUCGCCUCCAGGCCUUUCCUUUUUCUGCAGAUCUUGUUUGUACUUAGAAGGAAUCAGGAUGCUUUUCUUUUUCACUGCUUUCUUACAUGGUCAUGCUUUUUUUUUUUUUUGAAUAAUUAUGAGGAAAAAAACUUGUCAGUGUGAAUUGAUUUGUGAGAUGUUAUCGCUAAAGGUUAUGACCUUUAUUUCUUAUUUGUUUGCCAAUCCAAAGGAUCGGGCAGCAUCACUUGUCAAAUAUUUGACAUCAUGUGGAUCUGAAGUAAUUGUGUAUAUAUAUAUUUGUGUAUAGAACACACCAAGAAGGCUACAAUGGGCAGCACUUGGUAAUUCAUGGAUUCCAUCUUUUGGACAAAUGUGAAUGGAAAAUGAUGGUCAAGUUGAAAAUAAAAACAACUUUCAAUCA